UAGGCGAAACCAACAGCACUUCCAGCAUCGAACUCGCCAACCAACAGUCCCAUCCAAUGCAUGGUUUGGCUACUUGAAAGGCCUCGGUCGUACAUAAAAACCAGCGAAGUAUUAGACGUUUUUUCUCGUUCGGGUAAGAUUUUCGCGGCACGUACUCACGGCGGAAUACAAAAGAGGCCACGGCGUCGAAGAAAGAGGCUGCGAAUGUGGGAAAAGGAGACGAAGGACCACGAGGAAGGGAAAGGAGAAGGGGUAGACGGUUAAUCGGUGCCAGAGUACCGUUGUACCUGAAUGGAGCAGCGAGAUGGCUUUCGGUUUCCCUGCAGCCUCCGUCGCGGCUGCAGCUCCGUCCUCUCAACCAUAUCUCUUCUCGUACUCGCUUCUCGGAGUACACGUGACCAAGACUGGCUGCACGUGAAAGCGAGCGACAGUUUUUUCUGCUAGAGAAUCGUACCGUGACGUUCGACGGUCCCCGCAUUUCCGCCUGCGAUUCCGCCGCGGGGCGAACCGUUUACGAGACCACGUGUACCUGCACCUGCGACCCGGGCGCAACAGCUGCUAACUCCUUUCCGCGUUCGCGAUUCUGGGUAACACCGUGAUAGUCGCCACAAGUUCCAGUUACUCGAAAAUCAACGAAUUAUUCCACGGUGGUGCUAUUUUUGUGAACAAACAUUCCCAUCACAGUGCUCGUGCUCGGAACCAGUUUUCGAGAUUUUCGGAAUAUUUAAAUCUGACACAAGUGUUCCGUCUUUUUUAAAAUGUUUCGCAAAAGUGUAAAAGUGUAUUGGUGAACAAGUACUUGUAUUUGCUGUUGAAACAUGACUGUUUAGUUGAGCUUAUAAUCGUGAUUUUACGAGGUACACGUCCGGUUACAAAACUGCUCUAAGAUAAACGGUCAUUGUUCUGGUCUGAUAAGCGCCAGUGCAAUAAGUUGAGUUAUGCAAAAAAACUUUAAUUGAAAAUUGAAGUUCAUUAAUCAAAGUAAAAUCCCAGGUUCAUAGUUGUGCAAGAAUGGAAAUUGAUUUAGAAGUGAUAAAUGAAUAACCGAAAUGUGAAUCAUUACUUGAUAAUUGAAAAUAGAAUUGAGAGGUGCAGCAGCGAGUGCAUCAGGGCUCAACUUUCACUGUACUCAGUGUUCCUUUUGAGAUGCAGAUUACUCGAGACGCUCCACUCGAAACGCACUAAUAAUUCCACGAGGCAGUAGAACUUCUGCAUCGAGACAAAACCGCAUUCUAAUUUCCGUUUGAGUGUUCACGGUAUGCGGCGAGGCUGUUUUUACCCAGUCAACGAACCUGAUCGCACGUAACACAAUUCCGUGGAUCAUUUCGCGUGACAACGAUCGUUUAGCCGGUCGAUCCGCUUGGCGUUACGCCGCGUCGCGCCGGUCGUGCGCGACAGCCCGCUCCACUUUCCAUAAAUUAUUGCUAUUCUUGCCGGAAACUCUCUCUCUAUAUGCGCGAUAUUCGAACGGUACUGCGAUGAAGUAGAGUUCAAUCAUGCCCACGAAGAACCUGGAGGCGGUGGAUAUUUUGGAAGCCCUCGAAUCGAAGCUCGCGUAUGUACCAGGGGGACGCGACCGCGAGGGAAGACCCUUGAUUGUCGUCGAUGUUCCUUCGGAACUUCAACCGACUACCAAACCCAGAUUGGAAGUUCUCAUCGCUUAUUUUUUAUCCAUUUUUAGUGAGGAGACGAAGAAAAAUGGAUUGGUGUUAAUCGUGGACGCACGAAGGGGUGCGUGGCGCGUUGCAAGGUCGUGCGUCAGGUUGUCUACGGUACUUCUGGGCUCGUAUGGCGCUUCAGUAGUCGUGGUACGACCAGACGGUUUCUGGGACAAGAGGGUGGAUAGUUGCACAAAAUCUCAUAAAGAAGGAGAACCCCAGUACCUCACUCUGUCGAGGCUUCAGCUUCACGUCGACUACGCUCAACUCCCAUACGAGCUGGGUGGCAACAAACUCUACGAUCACGCCGAAUGGAUACAGAAACACAUUCUGGAUACAACAAAAAGAGUUCAUGAGCUUAUCGAUUCCGUCGAAUUGAAGCAGCUGGACAUCGAGAACUCGUGGUCAGAAAUGGAAAGGAACUUGGAUAUAGCCAGGGUGAUUGGUGACCUCGAGAAAGGUGUGUCGCGUGUCACGGACUGGAUUCUGGGACCAGCCGACGCAAUGUUGAAUUCCUGUUGCCAAGUUGGCUUCGACGUCUCUUCGUCGGAGGAACUUCGUAGGCGCCACGAAGAACUCGAAUUGGAAUGCAGGGAAACUUAUGGUCGCUACGCUGAACUGCUACACAAGAUUGACAGCCUCCCGAGUACGCGUUCGUCCGAAGAUUUGAAAUCUCAGCGAGACUUCAUGGAUUUCGUGUGUCGGAGUUUCGCGAACAGGCUGGAGCGACGACGGAACGUGCUAAUCACUUCGCAGAGAUUCUUCAGGCUCGUUUCCGAGUACUUCGAUAAAACGAGUGAAGUGUUUGACAAAUUGGUGAUGGGUAACAGGACCCACGAUUUUUCUCAAGCCGCGAUUAAUCUUUUGAAAUUACAACAGAGUCAAACCGUUCUAGAAACUUUGGAACGCGAGUUGGUGAAGGAAGGGGAAAAGCUGUCUGACAUUCUGUCGAUGCCCGUGAAAGACGCCCUUGGACGAGACGUGCACGUCGAUUAUGGCGAGGAUAUAGUGAAUGUCAGAGAUAUUUUGGAUGCGACCAAUGCCAGGAAGAACAUCUUCAACGACAGUGUCGAACUGCAGAAGCUGUCUCUGAAACAGAUCUCUUUAAUAUAUACUUACGAGAGCGACGCCGAGCAGGCUGUGAAGUGGUUGAACGACCUGUACGAUGUUCUGUUAAAAAAUCAUAUGGAGAUUGGCUGCAACGCGAUUGAAAUACAAGCGCAGAAAGAGGAACAUCAAACGUUUCAAGAAACUGCUAAGGGGACGUAUGAUUAUGGUUGUCAAUUGGUGAACGGUGCUCGAGUGCUAAGAUUAUCCUGCAGGCUAUCUCUGGAGAGCAACGCGACCCUGUUUUCGAGAUUGCGUCAAGCCUGGAAGCAGCUCCGAUCCGUAGGCCAGGAACAAUUAACCAGGCUAAGGGUUUGCGCUGUUUUCCAUAGGAGUGUCGAUGAUCACUGUUCGCAGCUACGUGAUUUGAUCGAAGCGGUAGCAUCGCUGCGUCGCUCUUUGAAACCGGAAGACGUAACAGCGGAAGCUAGAGCCAAGGCAGAGAUAAGGGACAUCCUAGGGAACCGUGAAAAACUGCUGCUCGAAGUCGGUCGAAUGGUGAGGCUGGGUCGUCUCCUAAGGACGCGGUUGAAGGAACCUCUCUGUCAUCAACGAAUGUCUGAAGCCGAGGAUGCCUCGGGCAAGGGCAGUAACCUGACAGCGGUUGAGGCGAUCUCGGCGAGGCUGGCGGAAGUAACGCGGCUCGCCGAGAAACUGGACGCGAAACUCUGCGAGGCUGGAGCCAGGACUCGACCAGUUACCAUGUCGUCGUCCGCGAUGUCGUCCACAUCCUCUCUAUUUUCAUCGACGAGCGCGCCCGCGACGACCACGACGACUGCGUCCACUCAAAUCCAACCUGUUCCCAGCGAAGCUAGAUCGAUCGCAGCUACCACAAUAGGAGUCACGGCUCCAUUGAUAAGUUCCUCGGUGUCCACGGUGCAGCUUCAACCCAAAUGCGUGUCUACUAUCUUGACCUCGGCCACGGUGUCCAGCGAGAGUGUCGCUACAUCGGAGCCGAUGAUGUCUGACUUGAUCAUCUCGACAGCUGCGACGGUUUCAAAGAAUGUGGAGGAAAAUGUGAAGAUUGAUCGUGAUCUUGAAGUGGAAGUGAAACAGGAUGUUGGUUUGGAUGAGCCUGUGAUGAACGACGAGAAGAAUGAAGACGUCGCGGAGAUGAGCGAG